UAUUUGUCUAUUCCUUUAGUUUAGUAUUAACAAAACCGGUUUAAGACCGUCGUGUAAACGUAGUCUAUGAUUUCGAGGGUAAAGACAACGGGAAUAGCAAAAGGUGGCACAUCUACUCAUUGGAGGAGGCAGCUAUAGGGGAAGGAAGGAAGGAAGGAAGGAAGGAUACAAAAAAGGUAUAUUUUAAAUUCCUUAUAUUGUGCUGCGAUGGACAACGGGACGAGAUGCACUCUUUUUCUUCAUCGUGAACAGCCAUCGCACAGAGGGCAGCACCGAAGAGAAAGCCUAGCCGCCGUAGAGGUACGCGUUGCAAUGGGACUAAAGGUUUCACCCGAGGAAUCCUUAUAUCGCAGGAAACAUGGUGUUAAAAUUGACAAUUUAAAGAAUCUAUGGUGUGCUUCCUGUGGUAUCCAGCUUGUGUUAAAGGAAACUGCUAUCUUUUCACAUCCCCUAUUGGGCACUUUACAGUGUAAAAGGUGCAAUGAUUUAUAUGAAGGAGGAGAAUUAGUUGUACCUAAAGUAGCCGAGGCAAGAAUUUGCUACUUAUGCAAAAAGCAUAAACUAUCCAAUAGAAUUUUGACAUGUAGCAGUGCCAAUUGCCCGUUUACAUUCUGUAAGCUAUGCAUCAAAAGAAAUGUGAGGAACGUCGAAUGCAAAGGAGCUAAACAUUGGCAAUGUUUCUUAUGCAAUUGCAAACAGUUGUGGGAAGUACGUGCCAUUUGUGCUGCAGUGCAAGCAUCGCUACCUAAGAAAAAUCGGCAAUCUAAAAUGUCUUGGGAGGAUAGCAGCGAAACCGAGAGCACUAGUAAUGUGAGCGGAUCGGAAAUUGCAAAAAGAGAGAUCGAACACUUGAAAAAAUCAAAACAGUAUAGGAAGAACAUGCUGGAUAAUGGAAACGUAAGGAAUGUCGGCGGACGAUUUUUAAAGAUCUCGGUAAACUCGAGGAGCAAUAAGCGAAGAACAAUGCUCGAGAGACGCAAACGAAAUGAUGGUACCGGGGAUUCGAGUUCCAGCGAAGUUGGUGCGUCAAUCGUAAAACCUGAAUCUCGUGACGAAUGGGAAAAGCAAACUGUAACUCGCUCCGAAUUGAUGAAGAUCAUGAAGAAAUGCCUCGUCGUACGAUUGCAUAAAGAGACGCAUGCCGAUUUGAGAAACAGGAGUAAGAGCUUGAGCAACAAGCGCUGUCGAUACGCGGCUCGUGCAAGUUCAAAGCAGGAACGCGUAAUUCCAAGUACUUCGCAAAUAUUGUCCAGAGAAACGACACGGCAGAAUGGGACAAGCAGCAGCAGCAGCAGCAGCAGCAGCAGGUGCACGGUACCUGCGAGAUGCGAGGAUGACUCGAACGAGGAGAUAAGACAGAAUGCGAGAGCUAUUAGGAGGACAGGAGCGCGACCAAAUCGAUCCAGAGAAAUGUCAAUUCUCAAGUCCGACAGCGAGGAAGAAAGUGAAGAAAGGUCUCAACAAAAAUCACAGAUGUUGCCCGUCAAUUGUCGUACCAGAGAUCGGUCAAGGAGUUCCGCUGCAUCCAGCUCCGAUAUUGAAUUCAAGAAACGUUCAAUAUCUAAAAAAAAACGGAUGCAUCAUCAGCCCGCACGGCUUCUCGACGAUAUAAACGGAGACUAUUCGAACAGAAAAAACGAUCAAUUGCCGGAACAUCUAAAACGAAAGUUGGAGAAGCUCGUCGAGAAUAUUCCGCGACAUCAAGAAUCAAGGCUUCAUGAUAUCAUCGAAGAAUUUUAUAAGAACGUAAUGAAUUCUUGUAAGAGAUCGAUGUCGCUGAGAAAAACUGCUUAUACGGACUUUCGGCGUACUCAAGAUUUCACUGGGCUGAGCGAUGUUUCGACAACGAUAUUUCAUUGUACGAACUUGAUCGAUAACAUUAAACGAAACUUUGAAAAGGAUAGAAAUACAUUGCUGAGGUCAUAUGAUGAUUGGUCACGAGCAUCUGGAGUGACAAAUGUAUUCAACGGUAUCGAUCAGAAUGCAAGCAAACAACAGGUGGAAGUUAAUAGGGGAGCAGAAUACAGAGAUGGUACAAAUGGGGGAAGAACAAGAGACAGUGUCUCUCCAUUGCUUAUUGGUAAAGAUAAAAAAGUGACGUCCUCUGGAGCUCCCAAUAGAAAAGAUAAUCUCUCGGUUUCCCGGCAUCGACGCACUGAGGAAGAGUUUUCGGAAUGUGACACCGAAGAAAUAUUCUCGGAAAAUGAGACGUCGAAACCCCUUGAACAGAAAGCUGCGAAGGACGAUCUUAAUAAGAAUUUUUGCGGGAAGGCAUUCGAGGUAGGCCGAUCACACCAUUCAAAGGGGAAUAAUACAAGCUCUGAAACAAUUGUAGCCGAGAAGAUGGGCUUACUGGAUGCUGCAAGUGAAAAUAGUGAUAAAGACUCAUACGAUGUAGAGAAUCCAACGAGGGUAGCAGAUGAGACGACUAAGAAGAAUCCUCGUUCCGAUGAUGACGUUGAAUCUGUAAUUCAUAACAAUGCUACUGUCUCGUCCUUGUCGCAGAAAGUUCACGUGUCCGAGAACAUUUCCGGGGACAGCAGCUUCGUAGAAACUAGCGAACCGGAAGAUCAUUCGUAUUCCAGGAUACUCAAACGAAAGACUUUGGUUGAACGUUCGAUUGCACAAGAGAGGUCAGAGGUUCAAGUGAGUGCUGCGAGCAGUGUAUUAGCAAAGAAAGUGGAAAGGUCGACCGCAACGGGUCGACUCUCAGAAUCAGGGUCAAGUACAGGCAUUGGCAUGACUAUAGGUACGGAUAGAUACAUUUUGAACGAUACCGAGGUAAGAGAUAAUACCGAUAUGAAUUCUGCGAAAUCUACGCAACCUAUUAAUGCAGUAACCGAGAAGGAUAACGUUAAAGAGAUGACAAGUGGUUUCGAAGAAGAACCUGAGAAGGUGGGCAAUGAUACGAAUGAGUCAGGGAAGAGUCCCUCUUCGACGGAAGAGAAAGACAUGCGGCAUGUUGGGGUUGCGACGGAAGGAAAGAAGGAGUUGCAUGAGGCUGCCGACUGUGAUGCGGAGGAGAGGAACAAAAUUGACGAUUCUCUGAAUCUUAAUUUGGGUAAAAAUAUGAGAAAAUUAUCAGGGAUGAAAAGUGUGAUGGCGCUAAGGAAGAGAGAAGAUAGAGAAUCCUCAGAUGAGGAAUCGACACUUCCGGACGAGCAGGGAGAUUCCGAGGUAUUUGCUAGAAGGCAACUUCUUGAUUCCCUGUCUGAGAAUUCGGAUGAGGCAGAUAAACUUCGAAUUUCGGAGAAAAUGUUUCUGAGCAGCACAUCAUCCGUGAAUAGGCGAAGCGGCGAGGAGCGUUCUUCGGAUGUCGACAGCACGUGCAGCACAGUGAUACUGGCCGAUUCUAUAAAGGAUAUCGGCAAGUCGAAGCAAGCGGUAAUUCUAGCAAAAGGUGCUGCGACCGAGCUCGAAGGAAACGCAGACUCGUCGAAGGACGAGGCGGAUUUGGAUUCCGUCGAGAGGACAGAAUCGACUGUUGCUGCCGUUCCCUUGAAAAGGAAGAAAUUUGAGAAUCAGACUGAUCGUCUAUCGGACCUUCAUAUUGAUGAUGGGCGAGCCAAAGAGAUUCUCCUUUUGUCGUCCUCGGGCUCUUCGGAUAAAGAUACGACCACGGUGUUCUCUCACGACUCGGGGAGGACAAGGAGUACUUCUGACACUGAUUCGAGUCGUGCCUCUGUCACAUCGCAAGAUUCGUUAUUGCGUAGCAGCAUGUUGAAAAAGCGAAAAUUCAAGUGUCAAAACAAUUACUGGUACUCUAAUGACUCAAGACUAAGACAACGCAGUUUCGUUCUGAUUGAGAGGAUUAACGAAAAAGAUCUUGAGCCAUAUACACGCGUACUAAACGAGUCGAGGAGACGUUUGGAGAAUAAAGAAUAUAAAAGAUUAUUUGACUUGGAUAGUAUCGAACGGAGGGCGCAGGACAAGAGAAGUGACGCGGAAGAGAAGGAUCAGCAGGAGGAGUCGGCCGUGUUUUCGAAAGGACUGAAGGACGGAAGAAGAAGGAGACAGUUGAACGAGGAGAAGGAAGAUACUCUAUUGGAUCAUCUGAAUAAGGUCGAAAACGGCCAAGUUGUGUCUGCGAAUGAUCAUGAAUCCGAAAACUAUACGAAUAAAGAAUCGCUCGGCGAAUGUAAUGUAAUUUCUGCGAAGAACGCGGAGAACCGUCGCUUUGGUGACUCUGACACAAUUGCAAGGGCUCUCCUACUCCAUAGCAGUUCCGAUAGCAAUAGCGAAAUGUUCGAAUUAACUCAGAACGAAAAUGAACACGAGAAUGAUGUCUGCUCGAGCAGCCAAAAUAGCAAGACAAAGAAGUCUAAGAAGAAAGACGAGGAACAUUCUUCCGAAGACAAGGAGGAAAGGAAAUCCAAGAAGGAGAGAUCUGCAUGGAGGCGCAGCAAAGUGUUAAGGGGCAGAUUAUCAGAUUCCGAUUCCAAGGAAGAGGAUAAUAAGUGGCGGAGAUCUCAGAAGAUACUCGAGGAAAAAGAAAAACAGGGCAGUUCCGAGGACGAUAGCGACGUGGCCGAGAGGAUAAAAUUGAAACGGAAGAGGACGAAGCGAAGACUGCUGGGCUCCGAUUCCGAUUCUGAUUCCCGUAAAUUUUCCAAGAGCAGCGAAGACUCAAAUGAUUCCCUACAGAAUCGAAAUAGUAAAAAAACUGAGGAUGACUCAGAGGAGAAGACGAAGACGGAGAAGAAACGACUCAGAGGAGUCUCAGAUUCCGCGAGUUCUGAAUCGAUUAUAGAAAAAAAGAAAAGGUUUAAAAGACGUCGAAUAAAGGCAAUGGCUAGCGACAGCAGCGACAGUGGCAGUAUGUCGAAUUCUCAGAGUUCACCGGGAAAGUCUGGUCGUAAGAAUAUUCGAAAGUUAUUAAAGGACAACAGAGUGGCGGACAAUACGAAACAAGCGGCCAAGGAGGAAGAGGAAAGAUUGAAGCGCAUUGCUGAGCGUCAGAAAUUAUACAAUGAAAUGUAUGAGAUCCGUUUGGCUGGCGAAGAAAGAGUUGAAAAGUUAAUAUUGGAUUUCGAUGAGGAGACAAAACAGGAACUCGUGAGCGUUCACAAAGACCUAGUUAAACGAUUGAAGCCGCACCAGGCUCAAGGGAUUAAAUUCAUGUGGGACGCCUGCUUCGAGUCACUUGCGCGAAUGAAAUUAAAUAAAGGUUCCGGUUGCAUUGUUGCACAUUGCAUGGGUCUUGGGAAAAGCUUUCAGGUGGUCACGCUCGCACACACUCUAAUAACGCACGAGGAGAUUGGCGUUAAAACCAUUAUGGUUGUCUGUCCCUUGAGUACAGUCCUCAACUGGGUAAAUGAAUUUAAAAUCUGGUUGAAAGACGUGAACGAGGGCACCGACGUCAGGAUAUUCGAAAUGACAAGGCUGAAGAAGAAUUACGAGAGAAUGCGUCACCUCGAGCAGUGGCAGCGCCGUGGAGGUGUCCUCAUAAUUGGUUAUGAAAUGUUUCGUAAUCUGAGUAACGGCGGUAAGAGAACGCGUAAAAAUGUAAAAGAGGCCAUUCUUAAAUGUAUGGUCGAUCCGGGCGCAGACCUUGUGGUUUGUGACGAAGGGCACUUGUUGAAGAACGAGGAUACUGCAUUGAGCAAAGCCAUGAGGCAGGUUAAGACUCUUCGAAGAAUAGUUCUUACCGGGACGCCUCUACAAAACAACUUGAAGGAAUAUCAUUGUAUGGUUCAAUUUGUCAAACCAAAUCUUCUCGGUACGAAAAAGGAGUUUAUGAAUAGAUUCGUAAAUCCCAUAACGAAUGGUCAAUUCGAUGACUCGACGGCAGCUGAUGUCAAGCUUAUGAAGAAACGAGCCCACGUUCUGCACAAAAUGCUCGAGGGGUCCGUGCAGAGGUUCGAUUAUUCAGUGCUCAUGCCCUUUCUGCCACCGAAACAAGAAUACGUGAUAUUUGUAAAAUUAACUGACGUACAGAUACAGCUGUACCAGCAUUACCUGGACAAUUUUGCAAGAAAACAUCGCGGCGCCGGCGGAUCCUUGUUUGCUGACUUCCAAGCGCUGCAAAGAAUCUGGACGCAUCCCAUGGUCCUGAGAUGGAACACGGAAAAAAUGGAAAAGGCCAAUGAGAAGAGGCUUUCGGAUAGCGAUACCGAAGGAUCACUCAAGGAUUUCAUCGAUGACGGUAGCGAUUCUGAGAGCUCUCAGAGUCCGAGUGACAGCAGUGACGUGCAAGUGAUCCGCGACUCCGGGGACGAAAAACGUGAACCAAGAGGAAAUCCUAUCGCCGAACCAGAAGCAAAGGAAGACGCGAACGCAGACUCUUCCGACUGGUGGUGUCAAUUCGUUAAACCGGAGCAUUUUGACGACAUGAGGGUUUCCACAAAGUUGAGCCUACUCUUCGGGAUACUUAAGGAGUCCGAGCAAAUAGGUGACAAAGUUCUCGUCUUCUCGCAAUCCUUAUUUUCACUGACGUUGAUCGAGCAUUUUCUUCGUAUGAUUGACGAUGAGACACAACUGGGAAAUAACUUGGAUCGAUUGGAGGGACAUACUGGCAAUUGGAGCUUGGGUUCAGAUUACUUUCGCCUGGAUGGACAAACCUCUCCUGAGAAUCGUAACAAUUGGUGCCGCCGGUUCAAUCAAUCCUCGAACACGAGGGCACGCUUGUUCCUGAUAUCCACUAGAGCCGGUGGUCUCGGAAUAAAUCUGACUGCUGCCAAUCGCGUCAUCAUCUUCGAUGCCAGCUGGAAUCCGUCGCACGACGUACAGAGCAUCUUCAGGAUAUAUCGAUUCGGUCAGAAGAAACCGUGCUACGUCUAUCGGUUCCUUGCUUACGGCACAAUGGAGGAAAAAAUUUAUAAUCGUCAAGUGACAAAACUCUCGCUUUCGUGUCGCGUCGUCGAUGAGCAACAAAUUGAACGUCACUAUAGCAAUAACGAUCUAGCCGAGUUGUACAAGUUCGAGCCGCACGGGGACAAAGACAAGCCUACUCUAAACUUGCCCAAGGAUAGGCUAUUGGCCGAUAUAUUCCUCAAAUGCAAGGAUUCAGUUGAGAAUUAUCACGAGCACGACUCCCUGUUGGAAAACAAGGCCGAAGAGGAACUGGACGAGGAAGAACGUAAGCAAGCUUGGCUCGAGUACGAGGAGGAGAAGAAAGGAAAACCACCGGUAUCUCUGGCCUCGUUAAACCACCAGUCCAAUUAUUAUUUUCAACAUCAAUUUAAUGCUUCCCAGAUGGGUGAUUAUUCUAAUCCCUUGGAUCAGAAUAAAAUGAUGAUGCGUCUUGAUUAUGAAAAUCUUCAGCAGCUCAUACGAAAAGAUUAUCCGAACCUUACGGAAGAACAACAAAAAACAAUCACCAAUCGGACGAUACUCGACAUGUACAAUUAUUUGGAGAAGCAAGCUGUUCACCAACUUCCUGCGAAUCCAAUGAACAUGGGUUAUCCUACAUUGGAUACAGUACCGCGAAUGGGUAAUAUGCAAGGCGCGAUUCAACAACAAAUGAUGUACCAGCAACAGAUGCACCAGCAACGUAGGCAACUGUUACAGCAUGGAAAUCAGCAGAUGAACUAUGCACAACAGGGAAAUGUCGGUCAGCUCCCUAGACCGGAAGAUGUUCCUGGAACGUCCUCAUCCGGCGAUGUUGAAGUGAUCGAGGCGUCCUCCGCAUCCGGGCUUCCUCGCGCAAUAAUUGCCGAGGUACCACGAGCAGUCGGAGAGCCAUCUACUUCCACGAACAGUAACAAGAGUCAGGAGGAGUGAACAAAGGCAACAAAUAAAUAUUAAUCCUUUCUAAGUAUUCAUUAUUAUUCUUUCUUUUUUGCUUUCAUUAUGAACGUUGCCGGUGAAGCGUGCAACCUACGGUUAACCGAAGGUGCAUGUUAUUACUACGGUACAUGUGUUUUGUAGUGUAUAAAGUGAAUUUAUUGAGAUAUGUAACAAUAAACGUAGGUAAACACUU